AGUCGGCUGGUGAGCCCGGAGAGCGGGAGGCGCGCCUUUGCGCAGCCCGGGACACAGCCCCGCCGCGGGGCACGGGCCGGGCGCGGGGGCGGGCGGCAUCCAGGCCGCGCCACCCGCGCUGGUCCCGCCGCGCCCGGCUCCGGUGCCCGCCGAGCUCGCAGCCAGCGUGCCAGCUCGCGGGGGCUGGCGCUGGGACGAGCACCGCGCGGGAGACUGUCGCGGGCUUUGGGCGUGGGUGAAGCGCCCCUUCCCCGGUAGAAGCCGCUGGGGCAAGGAAUCGGGCAGGGGCCAAGAGCCAGAGCCGAGGCUGGGUUUGACCAGAGCGCGGGGAGUUGGAAAGGAGACAGAGCUCCGAGAGCAAAAAACCAGCUAUAGCAGUUGGUGAGCUGGUCCCUGCUGGGUACCUGCUGCUUCCACCGACCCCCUCCCUCAUUGGGCUCUGCGUGCUCCAAAAGAAGGGUGGUAGGAAAAGGCCACGGGAGAGCCUGCGCUCCGGUGCCCUGGGCCCUGGAAGCACCGGUUGGCAGCUGUGGUCUCUUGGGGCUUCAACCAGGACCCCCGACGGCUGAGAGGAGAAGCCCAAGCCUUUGGCUGCGGAAGGCUUUUUGUGCUUGGCCUAGGUGAGCAGGGGGAGCUCCAACUAUCAAAAAUGAAGGCACCUAGCAGGCUGCAAAUCUCCCAAGGGCUGGUUUGGCGACUCUUCAAAGGUCCUGCUGGGCGACAGGCAGAAAUUCCCGCUGAGUCGGACAGUGACCCCAUUUGCUCACUCUGUUUCCCAGCCCUCCCUUCCCAAUGAGACAUCUGGUACAGCACCCUCAGUCUUAAGAUGGUGGCCCAGUCCUAGCCCCAUAAGCAAACCCCGACCCCGGCAACAAGAAAAUCUGGAGAAGACGCCAUGCUUUCUGAGCAGGUCUAGUGUCUGCCUCUGAGCUAGUUUCUAAACUUGUUAAGAAUAAGAACAUAUAAGGGACAGGUUGGCAAGAAAGUGGCCGCCUGGGGGUUCAUUCUGGAAGACCACCUGGGUUGGGUCCUGUCCCACAGGCCCGCCUUCCAGGCUAACUCCGCUAUCCCCUGCCCAAGGGCUUGAGAUCCAGACCUAACUUGGGGCAGUGGGGUGAAGGACUAGAGCUGGGACUGGGGUUAUGGGGAGAGUUCAGGGGGAAGUGGCCAGGUUGGGGGCACAGAAUGCGUGGUGCUCAAUUUGGCCGCCAGGAGGCGUGGCGCGGGUCCCCGUGCCCGGAGUCACCGCCACUGCCGCCGCAUCGCAAGUGUCCUUGAGCGGCGAGUGAUGGUGGCUCUUCGGUGCUCGCGCCCCCUCCUCCCGCAGGGGCAUCCAGAUGCCACGUUCCCUAUGCAUUAUUUAUCGCCGGCCUAAAAAUACCCCGAACUUCACAGCCCCAGAGUAAGAUUCCUACAAGGGGAGGGGGCGGGGCGCCCCGGGGGGCUGAGAGGGAUCAGCGGGAAGGGGGCAGGUAGUAUUGGAAAAGGCAGAACUCCGUGUCCAAUGUGGACGACAGAGGGUCUAUGCCUUUCUAGGCGUCCGGGGUGUUAGCCGGGCAGAGAAGGAAAGAGACAAGGAUUAGGUUAUUACGGUGAGGGUCCCUCACUGGCAAGAAUCAUCAGCCUAGCUUGGUGGUACUAGCUUUGGUAUGGGGCUUCUGGGCCUUGGAAGUGGGGGCGCCAUUAAUGUCCCAGGUUAGUGAGUGUGUAUGUGUAUUCACGGCCUUGUCAAGGAGCCUGCGUGUGACUGGGGGUUGGUGAAAGCAGAAGAAAAGGUCACUCAACAUGUGGGGUUGAUAGAACCUUUCUCUUUUUUCUCUUUUUUCUCUUUUUUCUUUUUUCUUUUUUCGGAGCUGGGGACCAAACCCAGGGCCUUGCACUUGCUAGGCAAGUGCUCUACCACUGAGCUAAAUCCCCAACCCUGAUAGAACCUUUCAAGGGCUGCAGAAUGUCCUAAACGACUAGUCACUGCCAACCUCUCCCCUGUACGAGGGGCCAGGUGUUCAGCAAACACUCCUUUAAAGUCCCGUUGGGAGAGAGUGUCAUCAGAGAUACACAAAAGCUCAAUAGUGGUGGGGGCCUGAGGAGGAUCAGCUCCAAGCUCCACAUCCUGCAGGAAAGAGCAGUGGGAACCAAACUCUUUUUUUUUUCCUGGGGGUCCAGUGCCGAUGAAUCAAAAUUAGGUGCGGAAACCUAUAGAAGAGGGACUCAGGUUGUACUCUGACAGACAAUAGACUUUUAUUAGGAAGAGUUUUCUCUUCCAGGAAGAACGGGCAGGAACAAAGGCACGAUAAGGACAGCUUACCAUUCGAAUAGCAGGGGUGAGUAUCCAAGGAGAAGACAGGAGUUGGGUUAACUAGUUGAACAUUGGUAUUCCAUUGGUGGGUACCAGAGAGCCCUCCCACUUGACCCUUGUCACAGGGACCAGGCAAAAGUUGUAGCAGUUAGAAGGCAGGAAGCAGAUGGGAAGGAGAGGUUGGGGGCCAGGGACAUGGGAUGGGAAGUAUGCCAUCUUGUCACACGGCUUUGUAAGCUUGGGGACCUGCUGGCUUUCAACCUGCCUCAACUUUCCCCUCUCUGUAGCCUUAAUCCAGGAGGGUAUUUUCACAGUGGAGGGAAGCUGGUGAAAAAACAGCCUCCCUUUUGAGUUGGGAGAGCACGGUGAGCCCUUCUCCCAGACUCUCAUUGUCUGGAAGAAAGAAAACAGGACACUCACAUGUGGUUUUAAAAUUCCAGGUACCAGGGGUUGGGGAUUUAGCUCAGUGGUAGAGCGCUUGCCUAGCAAGCGCAAGGCCCUGGGUUUGGUCCCCAGCUCCGGAAAAAAAAGAAAAGAAAAAAAGAGUUUAAAAUUCCAGGUACCGACAUUCAUAAAAGAGAAAAGACCCAGGUGUGAUGUGCCCAUGUCUUUAAUCUCAGCACUUGGGAUGCAGAGGCAGCCAGAUCUCUGUGCGUUCUGGCCUGCGUAGUGAGUUGCAGGCCAGCUACCUGCCUCAAAAUAAAUAAAUUAAUUAAUUAAAUGGAAAAAGAAAUGGAUAAAAUUCAAAUCAAAUCAUGUUUAUUUGUUUAUUGAUUUUGGUUUUGGUUUUGUUUUCAUUUUGUGACAGGGUUUCUCUGUGUGGCCCUGCCUGCCCAGAAUUCUCACUUCAUAGACGAGGCUUGUCUCAAACUCAGAGACCCUCCUGCCUCUGCCUCCUGAGUGCUGGGAAUUAAAGGCAUACACACCGUGCCUGGCUUAAUAGCAGAGUUUAAUUCAACACAUCCCCCAAAUACUAUUUUACUAUGUAGUGAAUAUGAAAAUAUUAGUGAGUAGAGUUGGGAAGCUGGCUCAGUGGAGAAAGAGUUUUCCAAAUAAACAUGAGGACCAGUGUUUAGAUCCCCAGAGCUCACAUAAAUGCUGGAUGGGCAUUGUAGCUUGCCUGAAUUCCAUUGCUCUGGGUUCAAAGGAAAGACAGCCUUAUUGAAUAAGGUGGGGUGUAAGGCAGGCUGACUUCUGAUGCCUCAGACCUCUACAUGUACACAGGCACACACACACACACACACACACACACACACACACACACACACGCACAGCACACAGCCCACACAUACACAUACUCGUGCGCACAUGUGAUCACACACAUGUACACACACAUUCGUACAUAAGCACGCAAACACACAUGAAUAUUAUUGAGGUAGCUUACACACUUUUACAUACUUUUCACACCAUCUCCGAUAUCCAGCAUGCCUGUGUGUUGACCGCAUACCUCACUUUAGUGACAAGCCUACUGGAUGCACACACACAGGCCUUCAAGGGAGCAGUGAGAAAGACAGUGCCCAUCGAUGCCAUGCUUGGAAAUUGUACAGUCCUCACCGCAUGACUUAAGAUCUCAUCUUGGACCCAAUUAUGCCUCCGAGCUGCCAUUCACAGAUCUCACAGGUUUUAGUAAAUCUACGGCAUUCUUUCCCCGGCCACCAAUCCCUCCUUAGCCUGAACUUCUACCACCUUCGAGCUCAAAGCCCUGACGAGUUAAAUUUCAUCUCACCUGUCAGUGAUAACGAUAACACUGCCUGCUCUUAUCAGCUCCUUGUACCUGUGUGAACAAGUGCUAGAUCCUUAGCUAGGCAAAGGCAUGCUGGGAGGGGGUUUAGGGAUGUCAGGGUCUGAAGGAAACAGAAGUAAGAUUAGAGAGAGGAGGUAGGAGGAGCUUAUGACAGUCUGCUGGUUCUGCAGCUCCUCCUCGGAGUCCCUGGGAUUAGGGACCAUGUCUCCCUCGUGUUACAUCUUACCAUCCAGCAACUCACUCCAUAGGAAGGGGGUCUGUCACAUGUGUACCGCGUCACAAUUCGUAACUGGAAAGUUCCCUUUUGGGGUCCCCUUCAGAGCUGUCUUUUCAUCCAAGAGAAGAGGUUUCAUUCGUGCACACCCCCUAUGGACCCCUUAGAGAGAACUGGAGACUCUGGAGGGAAUCCUCUGAGGAGUGUCCCACGAGAAAUUAGACUUGGAUCAAAAGGGAGAGAUAUUGCAGCAGUCUGCAGAGCAAAGAAAGGCUUGGAAGAAGCCAGGGCUGCUCUGAGGGUUUCCACACUCCAGCCCUGGAGAGCGCCAAGUGCCUCCUGGGUAGGACGAUUGGGUUUAAUCUGUACCUCUGUGGCAAAGGUGUGCAAAUUUCCUGCCGGGGGCUGGAGUGCCAGGCCCACUCCAAUCCUCCCUCAACUCUCCCUGUUUAGUUUUGUCGGGGGUGGGAAGACGAUGGAGAGGGUGGUCAUGAGCUGCACCGGCAGGUGCCCAGGAAUCACGUAUCUCUCGCCUGCUUGGCUCCUGGUCUUGAUCCAGAAUGAAUCUGUGUAGCAGACACACUCCAGCCCUUGGGUUAGGUGUAAAAAAGAUUCUACACUCCGCCAUUGGGAUGGAAAACAGUGGAUACAAGCUCAGGGCUUCUGGUGUCCUGAACCCAAGCGAGUUGUCCUUGGCCACCACCCUGCUGGCUGAGGGGAAAGCGGCAAAGACAUGCAAGCUCUGGAGGGAGGAUCUGCCAGGCAGAGCCACACAGCUGAGAGCCAGGGGCUGUCCGUGGGGAGCAGGACAGGAGUCAUUCUGAGGAGGGGAAAGAUGCAAGAUUCGUUUGGUGGUGGAGCGGGAGUGCUAAGGGGCUACCUUUCUUCAUCUGGAGAAGGGACUGUCACCUACAGGGUAAAAUUUGCUAAUGGCAGCGAACAGCUGGAUCUCUUGUUUUGGAAGUUCAGAAAGGUGCAAAGCGACUUCUCAGAAAUCACACAGCUGAGGCUGGAGAGGAGGCUCAGGGGUUGCAGAGGACGAUGGUUUCAUUCCCAGUACCCAUGUCCGGCGGCUCACAACUACCUGUAACUACAGCUCCCGGGGAUCUGACUCCCUCCUCCCGGACUCCGCAGCUACCCACACAUGCACAGACCCCUGCACGCGUGUGCGCACACACACACACAUACACACACAUACAUGCACACGCACACACACAUGCACACACACACACGCGCACACACGCACACACAUCUUCACAUUGAUUUGGAAAUAAAUCUUUUUGCUUUAGAGAUUGCACAGCUAGUAAGUGGUGCACAUGAUUCGAACUCAGCCCCAUCUGCCUCAGCUAUGAGCACUGCUCCUGAACAACACACUAACAUUUCCGUGUCUUUGCUAGGGUGGGACCCAGAUAACCAGAUUUGGGGGCUGUGACCUUUCUAAUCCUUCAUAGAUAAGGAUGACAAGCCUUGUCCUGGCUUCCGCUCUCCCCAGUUCUUGCCUCCCAAGGUGCCCUGAGGAUGCUCAGCUAACCUGUCUUCUUUUUCCUUGUCUGUCUGUCUCUGCCUCUCCUAUAUAGGGAGGUUCUCUCUUCUCUGUCCUCUGGCUGUGUGGUCUCUGGCCCUUCCCUUCUUCUGUUUGUCCAUCUACCUCUCUCUAUGCCUGCUCUGGUUUCUCUGCAGGACCCUCCAGUGGACAUGGGUGGGGCCCUAGGGCCCGCCCUGCUGCUCACUUCACUCCUUGGUGCUUGGGCAAGGCUGGGCGCAGGGCAGGGAGAACAGGCCGUGACUGUGGCGGUGGUGUUUGGCAGCUCUGGGCCACUGCAGACCCAGGCCCGGACUCGUCUUACCUCCCAGAACUUCCUGGACCUGCCUCUGGAGAUCCAGCCACUCACCGUAGGGGUCAACAAUACCAAUCCCAGCAGCAUCCUCACCCAAAUCUGCGGGCUUCUGGGUGCCGCCCGUGUCCACGGCAUCGUCUUUGAGGACAACGUGGACACCGAGGCCGUGGCCCAGCUACUGGACUUCGUCUCCUCCCAGACCCACGUGCCCAUCCUCAGCAUCAGCGGAGGCUCUGCUGUGGUCCUCACCCCCAAGGAGCCAGGCUCCGCCUUCCUACAGCUGGGCGUGUCCCUGGAGCAGCAGCUGCAGGUGCUGUUCAAGGUGCUGGAGGAAUACGACUGGAGCGCGUUCGCGGUCAUCACCAGCCUGCAUCCGGGCCACGCGCUCUUCCUCGAAGGCGUGCGCGCCGUCGCGGACGCCAGCUACCUGAGCUGGCGGCUGCUGGACGUGCUCACGCUGGAGCUAGGUCCGGGUGGGCCGCGAGCGCGCACUCAGCGCCUGCUACGCCAGGUCGACGCGCCGGUGCUGGUGGCUUACUGCUCCCGUGAAGAGGCCGAGGUGCUCUUCGCUGAGGCUGCACAGGCUGGCCUGGUGGGACCCGGGCACGUGUGGUUGGUACCUAACCUGGCGCUGGGAAGCACCGACGCACCCCCUGCAGCUUUCCCGGUGGGCCUCAUCAGUGUGGUCACCGAGAGUUGGCGCCUUAGUCUACGCCAGAAGGUUCGCGACGGAGUGGCCAUUCUGGCCCUCGGUGCCCACAGCUACCGACGCCAGUACGGUACCCUGCCAGCCCCGGCUGGGGACUGCCGAAGCCACCCGGGACCCGUCAGCCCUGCUAGGGAGGCCUUCUACAGGCAUCUGCUGAAUGUCACCUGGGAGGGCCGAGACUUCUCUUUCAGCCCUGGUGGGUACCUGGUUCGGCCCACCAUGGUUGUGAUCGCCCUCAACCGGCACCGCCUCUGGGAGAUGGUGGGACGGUGGGACCAUGGAGUCCUGUACAUGAAGUAUCCAGUAUGGCCUCGCUACAGCACUUCUCUGCAGCCUGUGGUGGACAGCCGGCACCUGACAGUGGCCACACUGGAAGAAAGGCCCUUUGUCAUUGUGGAGAGCCCUGACCCUGGCACAGGUGGCUGUGUUCCCAACACCGUGCCCUGCCGCAGACAGAGCAACCACACCUUCAGCAGCGGGGAUCUAACCCCCUACACCAAGCUCUGUUGUAAGGGCUUCUGCAUCGACAUCCUCAAAAAGCUGGCCAAGGUGGUCAAGUUCUCCUACGACUUGUACCUGGUGACCAACGGCAAACACGGCAAGAGGGUUCGUGGUGUGUGGAACGGCAUGAUCGGGGAGGUAUACUACAAGCGGGCAGACAUGGCCAUCGGCUCCCUCACCAUCAAUGAGGAGCGCUCUGAGAUUAUAGAUUUCUCUGUGCCUUUUGUGGAGACCGGCAUCAGUGUUAUGGUAUCAAGGAGCAACGGCACCGUCUCCCCCUCAGCUUUUCUGGAACCCUACAGCCCUGCCGUGUGGGUGAUGAUGUUCGUGAUGUGUCUCACGGUGGUUGCCAUCACUGUCUUCAUGUUCGAGUACUUCAGCCCUGUCAGCUACAACCAGAACCUCACCAAGGGCAAGAAACCUGGUGGACCAUCUUUCACCAUUGGCAAGUCCGUGUGGUUGCUGUGGGCACUGGUCUUCAACAACUCUGUUCCCAUCGAGAACCCCCGGGGUACCACCAGCAAGAUCAUGGUCCUGGUGUGGGCCUUCUUCGCUGUCAUCUUCCUCGCUAGCUAUACGGCCAAUCUGGCGGCCUUCAUGAUCCAGGAGCAAUACAUCGACACUGUGUCGGGCCUUAGUGACAAGAAGUUUCAGCGGCCUCAAGACCAAUACCCACCCUUCCGUUUUGGCACGGUACCUAACGGCAGCACAGAGAGGAACAUCCGUAGCAACUACCGUGACAUGCACACCCACAUGGUCAAGUUCAACCAGCGCUCGGUGGAGGACGCUCUCACAAGCCUGAAGAUGGGGAAGCUGGACGCCUUCAUCUAUGAUGCUGCUGUGCUCAACUACAUGGCGGGCAAGGACGAAGGCUGCAAGCUGGUCACCAUUGGGUCUGGCAAAGUCUUUGCCACCACUGGCUAUGGCAUUGCCAUGCAGAAAGACUCCCACUGGAAGCGGGCCAUAGACCUGGCACUCCUGCAACUUCUGGGGGAUGGAGAGACGCAGAAGCUGGAGACAGUGUGGCUCUCAGGGAUCUGCCAGAACGAGAAGAAUGAGGUGAUGAGCAGCAAGCUGGACAUUGACAACAUGGCGGGGGUCUUCUACAUGCUGUUGGUGGCCAUGGGACUGGCCCUUCUGGUCUUUGCCUGGGAGCACCUGGUCUACUGGAAACUUCGACACUCGGUGCCCAACUCAUCCCAGCUGGACUUCCUGCUGGCUUUCAGCAGGGGCAUCUACAGCUGCUUCAACGGGGUACAGAGCCUUCCGAGUCCCGCACGGCCGCCCAGCCCGGAUCUCACCGCAGACUCAGCCCAGGCCAAUGUGCUGAAGAUGCUGCAGGCGGCCCGAGACAUGGUGAACACCGCGGACGUGAGCAGCUCUUUGGACCGCGCCACUCGCACCAUCGAGAACUGGGGCAACAACCGCCGCGUGCCUGCUCCCACCGCCUCUGGCCCGCGGUCCUCCACCCCGGGUCCUCCGGGACAACCGAGCCCCAGCGGCUGGGGGCCUCCUGGUGGGGGCCGCACCCCGCUAGCGCGCAGGGCCCCGCAGCCUCCGGCUCGCCCCGCGACGUGCGGGCCACCUUUGCCCGAUGUGUCCCGACCAUCCUGCAGGCACGCUUCGGACGCGCGGUGGCCGGUGCGAGUUGGGCAUCAGGGACCGCACGUCUCGGCUUCCGAGCGGCGCGCGCUCCCGGAGCGCUCUCUGUUGCCCGCGCACUGCCACUACAGUUCCUUCCCUCGAGCGGAGAGAUCCGGGCGCCCCUACCUCCCGUUAUUCCCGGAGCCCCCGGAGCCCGACGACCUGCCUCUGCUCGGGCCGGAACAGCUGGCUCGGCGGGAAGCAAUGCUGCGCGCGGCCUGGGCCCGGGGCCCGCGCCCUCGCCACGCUUCCUUGCCCAGCUCGGUGGCAGAAGCUUUCACUCGAUCCAACCCUCUGCCUGCCAGGUGUACCGGUCACGCCUGUGCCUGCCCGUGCCCCCAAAGCCGGCCAUCCUGCAGGCACUUGGCUCAGGCACAGUCGCUGAGGCUGCCGUCCUACCCGGAGGCCUGUGUGGAGGGCGUACCAGCAGGGGUGGCCACCUGGCAGCCCAGACAGCACGUCUGCCUGCACGCCCAUACCCGCCUGCCGUUCUGUUGGGGAACUGUCUGCCGUCACCCUCCACCCUGUACCAGCCACAGCCCCUGGCUCAUUGGAACCUGGGAGCCUCCAGCACACAGAGUCAGGACCCUGGGGCUAGGCACAGGCUACAGGGACAGUGGGGUGCUGGAAGAGGUCAGCAGGGAAGCCUGUGGGACACAAGGUUUUCCAAGGUCCUGCACCUGGAGGCGGGUCUCCAGCCUGGAAUCAGAAGUGUGAGGUUACUGGCAGCUUUGGUUCCUGCUGGACUGGCUUCUGUGGCCGGCCUUGGCCAGGUUUGGGGGACAGGCCAGCUUGGGCUCCUCUGGCUUCUAUUUUGAAAUCCUGGCCAUGGGACCCCAGUGAAAAGGAUAUCUUCCAGGCCCAGCUUUUGACCUUAGUGUGGGCUGGGAUCUUGUUCAUCACAUGACCUCUUGCGGUGGUCACAGGGAGUAAAAAUGUGUCCCUGUCCUGUUGUCAGCUAGUUCCUAGUUGUGGUUGCUGUGGCCUUGGGUUGGGGACACAGAAAUUGGAAAUCGAGGUUGGGGUGGGGCCAUCCCACUUCUUUGCGCCAAUAGGCUGGGGUUUCUUUUCAUAGGGGCAUUGGAACAUUAAAGCAACGUUUUACAGCGCA